GUUGGCGCUUUUGAAUGAUUUUUAUUGUGUACCGUUAUAAAUUCACGCAAAUACGAACAAUAUUAUAAAUGUGUGUUACAAAUCUUACGAUUACGCGCAUCUCCUUUGAACGAUGUGAGAUACAUGUCAUGCGGUGAAGUGAUAACCCGUGAGACAACGUGCUAGCACGCGGAAUCCAAACCGUGAAAGUCGGCUCUACUUUUCAAUCUUUCACUAAACAAAACAAUACUCAAAAAUAAUGAUAGGAAAUGUAUUUCGAAACGGUCAAAAAAUCUUUUGGAUCAGCUGUACGUGUAUCGGUACAUACAUCGCAUACCGAUACUGGAAAAGGCGAGAACUUCUGGCAAUAGACGAAGGUUUUGAUGAGGUGUCUAAGAUUGAUGAUACUCACGAAAAACGAGUACUCCUAUUAGGUUUAGACGGAGCUGGAAAAACAUCGAUUAUAAACCAAAUAUGUGUUGCAAACGGCGAUGAAACUUCUUACAUUGUCCCUCCAAAACCAACGGAAGGUUCUACUGUAUAUAAAAUAAAAAAUGGAGUUCUAUUUUACAAUGUUUGGGAUAUUGGAGGUUCAGAUCCCACUAGAAAAUAUUGGACUGCUUUCUUACAAGACACAGAUCUGUUGUUAUUUGUAGUAGAUGCCUCUGAUGUAAACAAAUUAUCUUCCGCAGCUUCUAUUUUGAAACAGUUAUUAAGUGAUGCGAGAAUGGAUGAUAUACCAAUUUUAGUAAUUGCUAACAAGCAGGAUUGUCCUAAUGCUUUGAAGCCAGAAGAAGUUAAGAAAGCUUUAGAUUUAUUAAGUAUUUCUCCACAUAAACAUAAAGUAGAAAUAAUUGGAUGCCAAACAAGACCUCUUCCUGAAAUGCCACCAGAAACAACUGAGUAUACUUGGUAUCAUGCAUCUAUGGAUUCUGUUAGGAAAAAAAUAUUCUAUAUGGCAAAAGAUAGUGUAUCUGCUCCUUUGUUCUGUUAGAAAAUACUUUAUACAAGAAAACAAGAAGAAAUAGAAGGCUAAGAAAAAAAAGAAGGAAACAACAGUAUGGCUAGUUCAGCAUAUCCUGUAUAAUUUUUCACUGAAUUAAAGUGAUUACAGUUUGUCCAGAAUGAACCUUAUUAAGAAAGAAUAAUUCGAGUUUUAAAAGAAAGAUACGAAUAAAUGUGCACAAUUUAUAAGGCUUUUUCAGUACAA